AUGCGGCGCAACAGACAACAGACAACAGAUCGAACAGCUUCCACGACUCUCCUCCAACGGUUCUUUUCUCGCCCUCCUUGCCGACCCCAACACUGCCGCAAUAGUUACUUGUCAUAUUGACUGUUUUCUGUGUUAUGAGUUCCCUCUCCUAUCGAUGGCGCCCGCGGGACCGCGAAAGCGGGUGAAUCCAAACGACGAAAACGGCGAGCCAGCAGCCGCCUCUCAGGCUGGCCCCGUGGACUCUGACGCUUCCGCAGAGACGCGAACGCUAGACAUUAAAAAUGAUAAUAGGACGACCUGGUAUAACCCAUCCUGGCCCCGCAAGCCCAAGGCACCCGCGGUCACGGAAGUUGCUCGUGAGAGCAUUUCUGCUGAAGCAGCUUUGACGCCGGAGCGGAACUCGUCAGUUUCAACGCCUCAUAACCAAAGUCGACCUGUUAGGCCGCCCUCCAUCGGACUUACGAAGAAAAUCGGAGGAUCCACGAGGUCACUGCCUGCGGAAGUAGCCACCACACGGAUCAAUAUUGCUUCAAUUGGCUCCGCUUCCGUUCCGGAUAUGUCGAUAUCCGACAAAAAAGUUGAAGGCGACACACAGCAUAGUAUAACUGGUGGCUCAGCGCCCAUGUUACCGACUGUUUCGAUAGACGCCCAAAACGGCAAAGUUACCAAGAAACUCAGUGAUCCGGCGGACACCAUUCCGGAUAGUAAUCAAGAUAAAAAAACAAAUCAAAACACACAGCCUACUCAGACGUCAGGCUGGCUUGGUUGGAUUCCGCUCCCAAGAAUCGGCGGCGAAUCCACUCCGAAGCCAGGGCAAGCAGAUCAGUCGGCCAAUGCUGCUGGAGUAGCCAUACAAUCUAACAAAGAUGAACCGUUACCCCGUGCAGACGAAGAAACCGAACAAAAUGAUACUGAACAGCCUACAAUUACAAUUGAGCAAAAAUCUACUGCCCCUGAGGACCCAGCUCCUACAAAGCGAGCCUGGUUCUUGUGGGGUGGUAAAUCCGCUUCCUCGCAACAAGCGGAAAACUGGCAAAAUGAGAGUCAUGCGCAAGAGAGUAGAACAAGUGCGGACACUCAAACUCCCGCUGCAGAGUCUAGUGAUAUAGAUCUGCAGACCGACCACAAGGCACUCCUAUCGGACAGCAGCAAUGUUGAUAUGACAGUCGCUCCUUCAAGGGCAGCAUCGUCAUAUAGUUGGUUCUUUUGGUACAGAGAGGUACAGACAAGGCCUGCUGGGACAAGCACUAAGAACCUAGAACGAACAGAGGAUUCAACUGGCACUGCGGAAUAUCAAAACCAGGCAUCGGCGUCGAUUAGGGUUUCGGAACCUGAGGUAGCGACGCCAACUCCAGCAGAAGCAGUAUUGCCCGGCCAACAACCCAACUCAAGCAUUAAAAAGACCACUGCACCUACGAAGGAAAGGUCUCCUGCUGCUUCGACAACGAAGAUUUCGUUCCCUAACCAGGUGCUUCCCACAUUAAAGGCUAGCUUCCCUGUACCCGAGCGGCCUAGUAUUAUUCGGCAACUUGGUAGUUUGCUCUUCUCUUACAACUACCCCGAACCCCGCCAUGUAACACUGACAAAUGACCCACCACGUGUGAAACGUGCGCUUGCGAUCGGGGUACAUGGAUUAUUUCCAGCACCGUUAAUUCGCACUGUCCUUGGGCAACCGACAGGCACAUCCGUCAAAUUUUCAACUAUGGCAGCGAAGGCUAUUUCCUCAUGGACGGAGUCCCAUGGAUAUUCGUGUGAAAUCCAGAAAAUAGCUCUUGAAGGUGAGGGGCGCAUCUCAGAACGUGUAGAUUUGCUUUGGAAAUUGCUCCUCAAUCAUAUCAAUGAUAUCAAGAAGGCCGAUUUCAUCUUGGUAGCUUGCCAUAGCCAGGGUGUUCCGGUCGCGACCAUGCUGGUUGCGAAGCUGAUAGCUUUUGGUUGUGUGAGCUCUGCACAUAUUGGCAUAUGCGCCAUGGCGGGUGUCAAUCUAGGGCCAUUUCCCGAGUAUCGAUCUCGCUGGAUUAGUGGAUCAGCUGGCGAAUUAUUCGAUUUCGCGAACCAAAAGAGCAAGGUCUCACAGGACCACUUGGCAGCGCUUGAAACUGCUCUUGACUUCGGCGUGAAGAUUGUGUAUGUGGGAAGCAUAGAUGAUCAACUGGUGUCAUUAGAGUCAUCUAUUUUUUCAACUAUUUCGCAUCCCCAUAUUUACCGAGCGGUCUUUGUGAAUGGCAGAGUCCACGCUCCCAGUUUCCUAUCACAACUCGUUGGUUUCGCGAUGAAACUACGUAACCUUGGAAUAUCUGAUCACGGGCUUAUUCGGGAGCUUAGCUCUCCCCUUGCUGGAAGUUUAUAUUCUGGCGAAGGCCAUUCCCGUUUAUAUGACGACGAAACACUUUACCGACUCGCUAUCGAGUUCACGCUCGAAACGCUUCCCGUUCCCAAUGCCAAACUAGAAAUAAACACAUCGAGCCGUUCACCAAACGGAAACCCAUACAUCCUCCCUUUCGCCAUGCGAGGUGUCCUGGAGGAAGAAUACGUGCGACGCGAAUUAUCCGAGGAAACUUCGGAGCUCCUGAAGCUGUUUGACGACUGGAAGCCUUCCAGCAAGGUACUGAAAGAUGUCAAGUUUCGCCUUGAAGGGAUUAGGUCUAAGCUUUGAGCGAUGCCUCUUUGACCUUCUCCUGUCUAUAUCUAUUUUACAGCGUGGUCAGUGAAUGGCGUUGUUCUCGUUUCCCAGGAAAAGCGGUGCGUUUGGAAUGUCGCUGCUUUCUAUUCUUCUGAAUUCUUCAUUUGCCCACUGCUUCUUUCUUUAGCGGCAUUAUAGAUAGAUUUUGUCCUGUGUACGCACACGUUCUACUAUCUUGUUGAUGUGUGUCGUUUAUUCCGUCCUGGUUCCUGCCUGUCUUGGAUAUGAUAUUCCUUUGUCGAGCUGUUCAACGCGGGGGGGGGGAUGGUGAUGUGAUCUAAUGUAAAUAGAUAAUGUAAUUUAGUAACGGUAACCAAAUACGCAUCUUAUAAGUUACAGAGGAACAUGUCAGAAAGUGAAGAAGCUACGUGGAAUGUGUUAGGGUUAAGGGAAACAAGGGUGUAUAAUAAGUCCGAAAAAAAUACGCCACGCAUUAUGCAUUGAUUGCUAACUGAGGGACUGUGGCGACUAACGAUAUUGGUAUAUAGACGAGAAAAAUUGCAAGAAAUAAAAGGCAGAAAGAUGUGUAAUAUACAAGGGAGAGAGGUAUCCGGGAAGAAAUAUGACCUCUAGGCCAACCUAAAUAAAUGGACAGGCGACAUCCCAAACAAAAAAGUGAAAAACGAAAAUGAAGACGAAAAAAAAGGGAGGUGGUAAGGAGAAGGAAGAAGAAAAUUGGCGGGUAUGAUGAAAAAUGAGGCUAACAUAUCCAGAAAGAUUAUGUAUAUGAAGGGAAAUAUAUCCUGGAAAUAAAUAUAUGUGAAAUCAGGCGUAAAGUGAGGGUGGGUCAUGGAAUCAUUCAAAUCCGCUGCAAGUGAGGAGAGAGCGAAAAAAAAAAGAGGAAAGAGAGAGAGAGGAGAUAAGUGAAAUGUAUCCGCUGCAAAUUUAGCAUCCCGCUUGGUCGUUCGCGAUAGCCAGAGAGCGGGAGCAGAGGCUUGACGUGAUUUCCGAGAUGGGAAGACUAGAUUUAAGAUAGUCGAAGAAACUCUGCGGGCUAAU